CGACCCGCCUCUAGCGGCAAACUCACCGAAGCUCACGAGAGCCGCCGCAAAGGGGUAGACGCGUCCGUCUUGGCGUCGCUGUGUGAUAUCGUCACGCUCAACGGGAGACGCUGGUUGGAUGCGGCGAUUCGGACGACUCCAGGGCGCCUCAUGAUGGCCACCUGGUGGUUGACGGUGCUGGUGCUCACCAACGCCUUCGCAGGACACAUGAAGGCCUGCAUGUCCAUUAAGACGGAGCCCCCUCGCUUCAGCUCUAUCGACGAUGUCGUGCUCCAUCCCAAGAUUCGCCCGAUGAUCUGGAAGGACACCGGGUACGAGUUCUACAUCCGGACCUCCGAGAAGGAGUCGCUGCGCAUGCUGAGCCGGAUGGCGCAGAAGCACGGCGGCUUCGUCCCGCUGUCCGAGAUGCAGAGUCCCGCGGCCGUGGCGCAGGUCUACAGCGGUCGCGCCGUGUACGUCAAUGACAGGGACUCCAUGCUCUACCUUCUGUCGAAGCAGUGCGGCCGUACCGGAAGCCUGUACGUGGCUCCCGAACUCAUCUUUGCCCGCUUCUGCGCCAUGGCCUACUCUCGGAAGCUGGCGCACCACAUCUCCCGCAGGAUUGACCUAGGGGUGCAAGCGGUCAUCGACUCCGGCCUCGCUACCAAAUGGUACGCCGACGGCCUGGUGGAGUGGGAGCGGUGCCGCAUGAUGCAGGAGGAGAACGCGGGAGGCGAAAUGUCCUACAAGCCUCUGCUCUUCCAGGACCUGAGCGCUGUCUUCAUCCUCUGGGGGCUCUCGGUUAGCUUCGCUCUGAUGGCCUUCGUGCUCGAGUCGCUCGCCUUCUGGAUGGAGCGGAGAUAGACUCGAGGACAAAUUUUUAUGUAGUAAGCCCGGUAGUUCUAGAUCAAAGAGUAUAGGCGGUAGGUACCGUCAAGGUUAAUCACCGGGACUGGUAAUAAUUGUGUUGUCUGAUGAUUGUUUAGAAAGCGUGACGUUAGUCAGCCCAAAUGGACCUCUGAUGUCUGCUGUAGGUGGCUAUAAAUUUAGCCGGUGCAGUACCACUGUUAGCCCUAGGGCCUUUAACGUGCGUCACGCAGGAACCUCGACGUGCGUCACGCGUCGCUCGAUCUCAGGCCGGUACGAUGCUCAUGCAGAUGGAAACGGGCAGGGGCAGUGAUCCAAUCGAGGAUCCCAAGACGUUGACCGGAGAGGAGGCCACAGCUUGGACACAAAUUCAGACAACACAUACACACUUAGCCUUAUUGCACAAACCCUUUCCUGAAGAAUACCCAGCCGAUGGCCCUUUUGUAGAGACCACCCUGCCCUCUACCAAAUUACGUGAGUCUGUCCCCUUAAACCCUCCCUCCCCCAACGACCAGCUCGCCCUGACCCGGCGGGCAAGAGUUAGAGGGUUGUGUUCGUGUAUAAGCUCGACGUGACAUGACGUAGGAAGAACACGUGUUGUUGAACUUAUUUCUUUAAUAAAUAAUAAUUAUAAAAAAAUCUGUUUUUGGAGGUUUGUUUGUCCGUUAUUCAUGUCCGGUAACGGACAGUAAAUUGACUCGCAUUCACCCGUGACUUUAAGAUAAAAACGUGGCACGACUUUGAGAGAAACAAAAGAAGGUCUGGGGUCGUUGUGAUGUUAUCUUCGAAGUGUCUUUCGAUCGCACGUACAGUAGCAGCACGAAAAAACGAGCCUGGCUAAGAUAUAAGAUCGAAGGAAUACUUUAUUAUAACAUCAGUCUAGAUAUUUUUCGUUGCGUAUCUUUUGUGUCAAUACACUGCAAGAAGACAAACAAAACUUUGAACAAAUGCCACGUGCCUCGUGCCUUAAAAAAAUAAGUAUGAUGUCAAUGUUGUUUUCUCCGCUCCAUACAAGCUGCCAAAAAUGUGUUCUAUGGUCACUAGACGGAAACGUUAACGAAAGGGCGCGUGAACACCGUCUA